AUCGUCUUUCUACAGCAUGGAUUUUUCAGAUGUACAGCCUCCAACAAACAACGGUACAUUUGAUCCACAAGCUGCUUUUGCGGAUGCUGUAGCUAGAGCCAGACAGAUUGCUGCUAAAAUUAAUCAACCCGGCUCAGGAGAUGCCCAGUCCCAAGGUAUAAAGAGACCAUUUGAAAAUGACCCUUAUAACACGGGGGGAUCUAAUGAUGGUGAGGCAGAGUAUAUGGUGCAGGCAGGCAGCAAACAUGUAGAUUCCUCUAUUGGCGCCCAAUUGAGAGCAAUGGCAGACGGUGGUGGUAUGGAUUUCCGCUCUGCACACGCCGCUCAGGCCGCACAAGUUGCACAGGAGGCUGCAGCACGAAUCAACCAGCAGUUGGGGGUAGGGCCCGCAUCCUCUCUCUCCCCACAGCCCAAGCCUAAUCACUCAGGGCUCGGCUUUGUCACCACAGAAGAGUACAGCAUCCCAGACAGAAUGGUCGGGCUUGUAAUUGGGAAAGGCGGGGAACAGAUAACCCGUUUACAGACGGAAACAGACUGUAAAGUACAGAUUGCUCCUGACAGUGGAGGCCUGGACGAGAGGCCAUGCACAUUAACAGGGAGUGUUCAAGCUAUCAUGGCUGCAAAGAAUGCGAUACAGAAAAUAAUCGACAAAGGGAAAAGUGCUUCAGUGUCUCUGGAUAGGUCGUCAAUACCAGAUGGACAGAAAGUGGCAGAAAUCCUGGUUCCAGGGAACAAAGUAGGCCUGGUCAUCGGCAAGGGAGGAGAGACCAUUAAACAGCUACAGGAGCGUGCAUGCGUUAAGAUGGUCAUGAUUCAGGACAGCAACAUCCCCUCGAUGCAUGACAAACCUCUGCGAAUCACUGGUGACCCACAGAUGGUCGACCACGCCAGAGAAAUGGUGAUGGGCUUGAUCAAUUCUGACCAGACAUCUGGAGGUGGUGGUGGUGGUGGGGGCUUUGGUGGUAUGUUUCAGUCCAAUGACUACGGUAUGAAUGACCGGGGCCCACGAGGAGGGGGAUUCGAGAUGACUGUUCCUCGUCACUUGGUGGGUGUCGUUAUCGGAAAGGGAGGCGAUAUGAUAAAGAAGAUCCAGGCGGAAACCAAUGCCAAAGUACAGUUUAAACCCGAUGAUGGACAGUCGUCUGAACGAAUUUGCUCAAUAAUGGGGUCGCCGGAUAAGAUACAGCUAGCUGCAGAUAUGAUACAGGAACUUGUGAACAGUGCUAAUGAUUUCCAGUUUCAGGGUGGCCCUGGUAUGGGUCGGGGAAUGGGGCGUGGUAGAGGGCGUGGCCGCGGAGGACCGUUCAUGGGAGGUCCAGGUGGCCCAUCAGGCCCAGGGCGAGGCAUGGGCCGCGGUGGCCCCUUUGGCGGUGGCCCAAACUUCCCAGAGGAGACAAACUAUCCUGUUCCUGCUGACAAGUGCGGGUUGGUUAUAGGAAAAGGUGGAGAAACGAUCAAAGAAAUCAACCGAUUAUCUGGAGGCCAUGUUGAACUUCAGCGGGCCCCUCCCCCCAAUCCAAAUCAAAAAAUAUUCACUGUGCGUGGAUCACCACAACAAAUCCAGCAUGCAAUUCAGCUCAUCUGCGAGAAGGCGGGACUUUCACCCAAUGAUCCUGCAGGUCCUGGAGGACCACCAGGAGGGCCCGGGGGACCAGGGCCACAGGGCCCAGGCGGUGGUGGUUACGAUCAGUACGGGCAACCACAACAGCCACCAUCUCCCCAAAGCUACGGCGGUCAGGGAGGCUGGCAGCAGAAUCAGUACCAGCCCUAUCAGCAGUAUCAGGGACAGCAGGGUGGACCGAGUGACCCAAGUAAACAAGUGGCUGAGAACGCUGCAGCCUGGGCAGCCUACUACUCGCAGUACUACAACCAGUACGGUCAGCAGUAUGGGCAGUACGGCCAGAACCAGCAGCAACAAGCUCCCCAGCAACCACAACAACAGCCACAGCAGGCCCAGCAAGCUCCCCAGCAACAGCAGCAGCAGCAACAUUCAUACCCCAGUCCAGCUAUCAACCCGCAGACUGGACAGCCUGACUAUUCUGCUGCCUGGGUCGAGUAUUAUCGUCAGCAGGGCAUGCACAUGCAGGCCAGCAUGAUUCUGCAGCAGGCCAAUCAGGGCGGGGCUCAGCAGGGGCAGCUUCCACAGCAGUGAGGCCCCCCGUUAGGGAAGUUGUAGACAGUUAGGCUAGCUGAGGUUUGUCCACGAAGACUGGAUAAGAGCCCCACCUCAGAUUGAAUGUUUGAUUUACUCUGUAUUCUUCACUUAGUACUUACUCCUUUUGACUUGUUGCUUGCCAAGUGGGUUUCUAUAAAUAUAUACGACACGGCCACUGAAGUUUUGUCGACUCCGUUUACAGCGCCUGCAGAAAAAGGUUUGAAGGUUCGAAUUGGAUUUUUUUUUUUUUUACGGAUCGUUUCCCAUAUUUGUUUUCAUGUCGUUCAUAUUUUUUUCUUGUUUUUACCUACAUAUAUCCCCCAAAAUGUUACUCGCGUAUAUUGUAUUUGGUGCAUUGAGAGUAUAACCAGUUUUGUGUUGCUUUUUUGUACAUAGCUUACUUUAGGUGGGAGAAUUUCUUCUGCAGAGACUCCAAAUGUGGACCUUUCUAGAGCAAUUACGGACCUCUGCACAAAAGCUCAUAUGACUGAUGACAAUUUUUUCAAACAUGUAAUAUUAAUAGAGAUAUGAUGAAAAACUACUGCAUUGAUAUUUAAUAAUGGUUUAGACAACUGGUUUAAUUAUUUUUGUUGCCUUUUUUUUUUUGUGGAAUAAAUGACAGUUACAUAAGUUAAAUUAAUAAAUGCCUCACUGUAUAGAGUAGCAGUGACUACAGUAUUAACAUUUUUGCAUCUUUUCUCAUUUUGACAUUCCGUACUCCCAACCCAGUUGCCAUGUUUGUAUGAAAAUUGAUACCUUGUAUUGCAUUUCUCAUAAUAUAACAUAGAUAUGUAUUAUAACAUACAAGGGAUAAACAGCUGAUAGCCUCAUUUUUGAAAUGAUAAAACGCUUGAAAUGAAAUUGUUUUAUUUGUUUCCUUUUUGAAAAUUGUAAUUAAGUUGUGUAUUUAGGUCUGAGAAAAACUUGUAUUAUUCGGUUUACUGUGUACAGUGUGAGUAUACUAUUAACAUGUCUUUUACAGUAAUGUGACGUAUACAGUCGAGUCAAAUUGUUUCAAAUGCCACAUCGUAAGCUACACAUACAUGCCUGUUUCUAUUAAAAUUGUCACAUCGUAAAGUUGCCUUUGUAUUGACCAUCUUCUACUUACCGAUGAGAAAGAAACUGCUCUUCACAUUUACUGUAUCAAUAAUAUUAAUUACAUAUGUUUGUGUCGUUUGUAUGUUUUGACCGCAUCACUUGUGGCCAGCAAUAGCUAAGGUGAGGUGGACCGUUUAUAUUUCACUACAACACUUGCAGUAGAUCGUCUUGAUAUAUUUGACUUUGUAUGCAGAACAUGUUACGAUAUUCUAGCGAAUGUUUGUUUUUUUUUUGUUUUUUUUUUUUGACAGUUUCAACCAUUGCUUGUAGAGUCAAUCAGUAUUUUUUUUUUGACAAUAAUUAAUAUUCUACUGGAGCUAUGUUAAUGGCCACGCGGACUGCUCCACUUUAUGUUGUGGUAUAUGUGUAUAUAUACAUAUAUAUAUAUCUUAUCGGUGACCGUGACCACUGUAGUCAGAUGUGUGGAUGCGUGUAGGGGUUUGUCGUGCUGUGACAUAUUGACCUAUAACAGGUAAGCGCACGUGAGUUCGUGUCUCUUCACCAGUUUAAACUUGUCGAAUAUGGUAGCCUCGUACAAUAACUGUAGGUUUUUAUUUUUUGCAAAAGAUUUAACAUGCUUCUUUUCUUUGUCGUAUUCAUAGAUAUUGACCCUAGUACAUUCUGGGUACAACUGCUUGAAACGUGAGGAAACACUCAACUGUUUUAUUGCUAUUAAAGAACCCUGUUGAUAUCUUUGUUCUACCAUGUUUUCUUGUUGUCAUUUUGAAUAACCAGUCUAUUGCAGACACCGGUGUGCACUCGUUCAGGCGGCUGUUCUUUUCGCCUCCCUCUGUCGGUUGCGUGCGGCUGUUCCAUUUGUUGGAGGUCCCCCCUUAGGCAGGUGGUAGGAAUGGCAGUAUCAAUAGUUGAAAAGCCGUAACUCUGAAUUGCUCUUAUGGAAAUACAUGCUCACACUGAUUGUUUCAGUUUCAUCAACGGUUACACUUUUUAUUGACAUGCCCAUUUUUAAUUUGCAUUGAUCAUAUCGUCAUGAAAAUUAUGCCUUGAUAUGUCCACUUUAUAACAUAGUCGUUUGUCUCAAAGAUUAACCUUGAACAUAGUCAUGAUGAAAUUUUGCUUUUGCAUAUUUUUUGCCAUGGUUUUGUUGCCAAAUUUGAAAUCCUGAUGUGCAUUGUAUUUCAGAACUUGCAGUCAAAUGCGGGUUGAAUUAUUGGGUAAGGGGAAAAUGGUGUCUUUAAAUGAGUAGUAUUUUUUUAUUGAAUCUUCCUGGUAAAUGUAUUGAACACGCCUGCAUUCGCUAAAUAUGGUCCAUGUUGUUUUUUUCUUUGCCAUAAUAUGCAUGCUAAAGCCCUAACCAGGUGUUUUUGAUUGCAAUUCUUAUGCCAUAUCAUGCAAGAAAAGAAACUCGCCACUUAAAUAUGUGAUGCUGCUUAUAUACAUCCAUUCGUCAUUGCGUUUAGAUGACCAUUUUCAACUUGCCAUUGCUUUCUAUUGAAUAUUGAUGACCAUUGCACAUGCCCAACAUAGCCACUUGUAUGUGCCGGUUUCUCCUUGUCGGGGCAAAGUUUCAUGCCGCGAGGGUGCAGUAUGGGGAUUCUAACAGUUAAUUUUUUUUUUGUGAUGUCCUCAAAAUGAAAGUGACAUACACUUGAACUGAUAUAUGAAUUGAACUAAACUUUGGACAUUGUACAAUUUCAUAUAUACAUACUAUAGCUGCAAGCUGUUUAAAAUGUGACUCUCCGUGUGUGCCCAUGGACUUUUUUGUCAACUGUUUUGUAUACCGAGUGUUUUCUGCACCCUUGAUGCCCCGGGCAGCUGACUCGGAACUGUGGAAUUGCGCCAAAGACUUGCCCCCCAGGGACAUUAUGUGUGGUACCUGCAGUCUACAGUGCAUAAUCUGUGGUUUGGCAGGAAAACAUGGACUUUAUAAAAAAGCAAACAGAACUGACAUUUCUUCAGGGUUCGGGGACGGGUGAUUUAUUUGUUUAUAUUGCCAAUAUGAUGCCCAGUGGUAUAGACUAUUGAUACCCUCACAAAUUUUACCCCAUGAAUUGAUGUGUAUGUUUGAAUAUGGCCUAACCCGUUGACUGCCAAUUGAUAUGAAAACUGAACUUUCACUUAUGGUAUUUUAAAAAUCCAACACAUAGUUUUGUUUUAAAUUUUUUCUUAUUUCCUUUUUUGCGUCCUGUAUUUUGAGAGGUAUAUUGUAUAAAGAGACUUGGCUAAACCUUGCACAUUUCUCCCCUUGUUU